AUUUCCAUUAUCACGUCAAAAGUGGUUCCUUUUCUUUAACGUUGAAGACAAUCAAAGCAUCCUCCUCAUCUUUUCCUUCUUUCUUCUUUGCCAAUAGCUAGCAUCUUCGGUUUCCAAAAAGAGUUUUAUCUGCCGCUGAAGCAGUAGUAUUGAGCCUGUCAACCAUGGAUGAAGCAGAAUUUCGACGGGUUCUACAACUCUUUCCCGUUGUUCGUUCUCGCGAUUACUGUGCAGAAUCAGGACCCAGACAAUCAACUUCUAGUUCUAGAUCUGCACAGGAUGAGCUGAAGGAAUGGCAAGAUGCAUGGGAUGGUGGUGAUAGGGAGCUUGAUAUUAAAGGAAAUGAACAUGGUAAUGAAUUUUGGAGCAAGUUAAAGGCAGUAGCUGAGAGGAAGGUUGGUGCGGAAGAAGCAGAGAGAUUUUGCGAGGCUUUCCAGAAAAUUCACAAGAAGCUAGUCUAUGAAGAAUUGACUGAAGAUGCUGCACGAAAGUUCAUUAAACUCGUCAUAGAGUUUGGAGAGGACAAGCCCAUGCACACUAUCUUCGUGUUAUUGUGAUUGCUUUUUAAGGUUAGAUACUUAGAUCAUUCUGUUGGUCCUUCAAAUUUCCUGGAAUGUCCAGUUUUGGAAGAGAUGAAUUGGAGAAUAUAUAUAUUACAAGUGAUUGUAUUUUAAUGUUUCAUUAAUUGAGCAAGUUGGCAAUCGCAUGUGCUAGAAA